CUUUUUUAUUGGGCAUCCGGCAAUUUCGUCAUGUCAUAUGAGUUGGACAGUUUAGUUGAAGUGGAAGUGUAGCUCGCGGAAAAAGUGAUUAAAAACACGCAAUAAAAACCACAUAAAGAUGGGUUUGUGCUGCAGAUGUGUUAAGAGAUUCCUCUACUUCCUGGCAUUCUUUUUCUUGGUGGUACUCCUGCCGGGAGUUCCGCCUCACACGACUUUUCCCUUUUCUCCCGUCGAAGUUGGCCAACCUGCUGAAUUGCAGGGUGUUCUGGAACUGAAUGGGUACCUGAAUGAAGGCGAGAGACUGCUUGAGGGUAGGGUCCAUGGGCCUGAGCACCUUCUGGCUGUGGGUGGGAGCAUUUAUACAGGUAUCCAGGGGGGUGAGGUGAUCCGUAUUAAUGGUGAUCAUAUAACACACGUGGCGAAAUUUGGGGCGCCCUGUGAGGGAGCUUAUGAGGAAGCCAAGUGUGGACGUCCCCUGGGAAUGUCACUGGACGUCAAGAAGGAUCAUCUGAUCGUAGCGGAUGCUUUCUAUGGGAUCUGGCAGGUGAAUCUGGUGAAUGGGAAGAAGCAGCUUUUGGUGUCUAUGAAUCAGGAAGUUAAAGGAACUACUCCUCGUCGCCCAAAGAUUGCCAAUUCGGUGGCUGUGCACAGUUCUGGAGAUAUCUACUGGACAGACUCGUGUUCGGACUUUGGUCUGGACGAUGGGAUGUUCACAAUGCUGGCAAAUCCGGCUGGAAGGCUCAUUCACUACGAUCGGGCAAGGAAUGUCAGCACAACCUUGAUUGAUGAAAUGCUCUUUGCUAAUGGGCUUCUGCUGAGUCCAGGAGAGGAAUUUAUCGUUGUGGCAGAAACUGGAGCUAGUAGAUUGAGAAAAUACUAUCUCAAAGGAGAGAGGAAGGGAACGUGGCAAGUCUUCUUGGACAAUCUACCAGGACAUCCGGAUAACUUAUCACCGGCUGAAGAUGGAUUCUGGGUGCCACUUGUUGCACCAAGCGACAAGGAGAAUCCUUCCCUUUUGGGCUCUUUGGCCAAAGUUCCGCUGGUCCGGAAAUUCCUUCUGCGAUUGGUGUAUCUUAUUCAGACACCCUUCCGGCUCAUCUCGAACGCUGUGCCAAAUGUCUACACACAGAAAAUCUAUCAUGCUAUUGGACACUUUGAGACUUCCAAUUGGCUCUUUGGACCACGCGUUACAAUCCUCAAAGUUGAUUGGACGGGAAAGAUUGUAGCGGCUCUACAUGGCACUGAUGGCCAACUCGGUGGAAUUUGUCAUUUGCUGCAGGUGGGCGAGCACUAUUACCUGGGAUCGCCGUUCAGCAAGUACAUGGGAAGGGUGAAGGUGCCUCAGCAUUUGAUGAGCAAAAAGGACACGCCAACUACCACAACUCCCCGGCCAACGACGACAACGUCAAAACCAACGACGACAGCGCCACCGCCAAAGCCAACGACGACAACGCCACCACCAACGACCACAACAACGCCUAAACCAACAACUACCACCACCACCACCACCCCUAAACCAACCACAACCACCCCGCCGCCCACAAAAGCCCCUCCCAAAACGACAGAAGCACCCCCAAAGCAGACCAUUCCCAUCCACGAGGAUAUUCCCAGUGACACAAAGCCCCCACCAGCUCCCAAGCUCAAAGUCAUCAAGAAGGGUGGGGAACAUGGAGAACUCUAAAGGACUUCCAGGCUCAGCAUUUUCGCCUACACACAUUCAUGCAAUUUUCUCAAAACGGGUGACAUUUCUAGGGCAGCUCCUUUCCCCAAAAUCUCGCGGGGAGAUUUAUCUGGGCAGCAAUAUUUGGGAUAUAAAGUGUAUGAUAUAGAUUUAAACUUACGGUGAACGCGACAAUUUCCAACUAGCAAUCACAAUUAAAAUGAUACUCAUACGAACAAAAAACAUCGCUAUGCAAAUCGGCGCUACUGAGAUUCCAUUUAUCUUUUCUUCGUCAAUUUUUCGUUAAGAAUCUCUAAAAAUUUGUUUCGGCGAAAUUUUUCUAGCAAAAAAGUUGGAUGUUUAUUUCAUCAAGGUGUAAUGUUUUUUUUUCAGAUAGGUGACCGAAUCACCUUUAUUUCUCUUUGUGAAUUACUCUUAGAUAAACAAAACAUACCUUGAUUAACUUAUCAUUUGUCAAAGGCAUUUACUUUUAUUGCUGUACAAUAAAGCUUGUAGAAUGCUAAGAAUAGGAAUAAUAGUGGGUAAUUCAGUACUAAAUUGCGAUCUAAAAAUGAUGAACAAGGCACUUUUUGUAGAACUUUUGUGAAUUUUUUUUAAAGGUUCAUUAAAAUGACUGUUAAAUAUUCUA